AUGGGCUUGGAAGCUGGGAGCUCAAGAUGGCCUUCCUGCGUGUCUCAUGCAUUUCUUCUUGUUGCUGGGUUAUUGAUUCUCUCAAACAUGCCAUGUGAAGCUCAGCUUUCUUCAUCAUUCUAUGAUAAUACCUGUCCAAAUGUGCUCAGUACCAUCCGGACAGCCAUAAGGACUGCGGUAUCCCGCGAGCGUAGAAUGGCAGCAUCUCUGAUUCGUCUCCACUUCCAUGACUGCUUUGUUCAGGGCUGUGACGCAUCGAUCUUGCUUGAUGAUUCCCCCACCAUUCAAAGUGAGAAAAAUGCACCUAACAACAACAAUUCAGUUAGAGGGUUCGAAGUCAUAGACAAUGUCAAGUCUCAGGUGGAGAACGUUUGUCCAGGGGUUGUAUCCUGUGCAGAUAUUCUUGCAGUGGCAGCACGAGACGCAUCUGUUGCAGUUGGGGGGCCAACAUGGACAGUGAAGCUUGGAAGAAGAGAUUCCACCACUUCAGGCCUCAGCCAAGCUGCAGCCAACCUUCCAACCUUUAGAGACGGCCUAGACAGGCUUAUUCCCUUGUUCAGUAGCAAAGGUUUAAGUACAAGAGACAUGGUUGCUCUUUCAGGUUCCCAUACAAUAGGCCAAGCAAGAUGCGUGACCUUCCGCGAUAGAAUAUACGACAAUGGGACUAACAUUGAUACUGGCUUUGCUAGUACCCGGAGACGCCGGUGUCCUGUUAAUAAUGGGAAUGGUGAUGACAAUCUUGCACCCCUGGAUUUGGUGACUCCCAAUUCUUUUGAUAACAAUUACUUCAAGAAUCUCAUUCAAAGAAAAGGCCUCCUUCAAUCAGAUCAGGUACUUUUUAACGGAGGAUCUACGGAUAGUAUUGUGACCGAGUAUAGCAAAAGCCCUUCAACUUUCAGUUCUGAAUUUGCAUCUGCCAUGGUAAAAAUGGGAGAUAUCGAACCUCUUAUUGGCUCUGCUGGAGAAAUAAGAAAAAUCUGCAACGUCAUAAACUAA